AGAGAAGAAGUAAAAUUCCAAAGGAGGUCCCCUCACCAUGUGGCUGUACCUGGCGGUCCUUGUGGGCCUGUACUACCUCCUGCGCUGGUACCGGGAGAGGCAGGUAGUGAGCCACCUCCAGGACAAGUUCGUCUUCAUCACGGGCUGUGACUCGGGCUUCGGGAACCUGCUGGCCAGGCAGCUGCACCUGCGAGGCUUGAGGGUUCUGGCUGCGUGUCUGACGGAGCAGGGGGCCGAGCAGCUGAGGAACCAGACGUCAGACAGGUUGGAGACGGUGAUCCUGGACGUCACCAAGACUGAGAGUAUCGCUGCGGCCACUGAGUGGGUGAAGGAGCGUGUGGGGGACAGAGGGCUCUGGGGUCUGGUCAACAAUGCAGGCACUUUUCACCCACAUGGCUACACUGAGUGGCUGAAGAUUGAGGCCUAUAUGAAUACCCUCAAAGUGAACCUCAUUGGUUUGAUAGAGGUGACCUUGAACAUGCUUCCCUUGGUAAGGAGAGCACAGGGGAGGAUUGUCAAUGUCUCCAGCAUUCUGGGAAGAAUUGCUUUCUUUGGAGGAGUCUACUCUUCCACCAAAUAUGGAGUGGAAGCCUUUUCAGAUAUUCUGAGGCGUGAGCUUCAACAUUUUGGGGUGAAAAUCAGCAUAGUUGAACCUGGCUACUUCAGAACAGGAAUGACAGAUAUGCAGAAGUCCUCAGAGGCAGUGAAACAAGUCUGGAAAGAAGUCCCUGUGCAUAUUAAGGAGUCCUAUGGACAGAAGUUUUUUGAUACCUAUCACGAUCUUCUGAAACAAGGGAUGUUGAGUUGUAGCACAAACCUGAACCUGGUUACUGACUGUAUGGAACAUGCCCUGACAUCUGUGCAUCCCCGCACUCGAUACUCAGCUGGCUGGGAUGCUCAAUUUUUCUUCAUCCCUCUAUCUUAUUUACCUACAUCACUGGCAGACUACAUAUUGACUAGAUCUUGGCCCAAACCAGCCCAGGCAGUCUAAAGAAAACUAGUUGGUGGCUCUUGAAAUGAAGAAGACAAAAAUCUGAAAUUGAUUGUUAGUGUCCCAAUAAUCUUUAUGUAUCAUCUAUACU